GACCUCAGCGGUUACUCCUCCCCCCGAAUCUCACUCACUCCCUCCGUGCAGCGUCCUCCCCUCGUCCCGUCCUGCUUCUCCGCCAUCACCAUGGACGACGGAGGCAACCCCGCCCCUCCGCCCUCCACCUCCACCGCCGCGGCCGCCGCCGUCGCCGCGCAGCACCAGCAGCUCCAGCGCCAGCUCUUCCUGAUGCAGCAGCAGGCGCAGGCGCAGGUGCAGCCCCACCCGCAGCAGCUGUCGCAGCAGGCCAUGUCCCGCUUCCCCUCCAACAUCGACGCCCACCUCCGCCCCCUCGGCCCGCUCCGCUUCCACCAGCCCCAGCAACAGCAGCAGCCGCAGCCGCAGCCCCAGCCGCCCCACUCGCAGGGGCCGUCUCAGUCGCCGUCGCAUGGGGCGGCGCAGCAGGCGUCACCGCACCAGCACCACCACCACCAGCAGCAGCAGGCCGCGGCGGCGCAGGCUCAGGCGCAGGCGCAGGCGCAGGCGGCCAGGGUCCGGAGCCCCGAGAUGGAGAUGGCUCUGCAGGACGCCAUGCGGGUCUGCAACCCGGACAUCAAGACCCCCUUCCAGUCCAUCGAGGACGCCGUCAACAGGUUAUUGCCUUACCAUGUUGUUGCUGACUAUGAGGCUGAAGAAGAUGACAGAAUCCUUGACAGCGAUGCAACUGGCCAGAUUCCUUCUCGCCUGCAGCAAUGGGACCAUAACAUUCUGGUUAAGAUUGCUGAGUUCACAACUACUUUUGAGAAGCAAGUUUUGGCAUACAACAUAAUGACCAAGAAGAGGGCCAUUGGUGAGUUCAGAUCGGAGGAACGGCUGAUGCUGGAGCAAGCCUUGUUACAGGAGGAAAAACAGGCUAUGCUGGGACUGAGAGCGGAGAUGGAGUCGAGGGAGAAAGCUGGUCGCGAGGCUGCCGAAGCUAAGAUGCGUAUGGCAAUGGAGCAUGCACGGGCUGAGGCCCAAGCGCACUCUGAGAUGAUGAAUCAUGGUCCUAUUCGAGCCAGUGCUGUGGCUUCACAAGGGGACGGUGGCCCUACUCAUGGCAUGGAACAAGAACAGGGUGAUGAUGGGUGGGAAAGUGCUCAGCGGGAUGAUGAAGAUCCAUCUGAGGAUUUCCUCAAUGAUGAGAAUGAACCCGAGAAUGGGAACUCAGAUGGGCAAGGGAACUGGCGCAGGUCUGGGGAGCUUGAUCUGAACUCUAGGUAAGACUGGUGAACUGGCACAGGUUGAGUGAACUAAAUUAAAAUUCUAGGUAGGACUAGGAUGCUGGUAUUUUAUCUAUAGUUCUCUUGUUGUUUGUGUUGAAGAUAAUGUGGCCUGCCUUUCUAGCUGUAAACAUGUCAUUUCGAACAAAUUAACUUCUCUAGUAUUUGACAGUAUCUCCGUUCCUCAAUCA